CAACUGACAGCAGAAACAGAUCGAAUGUAAAAGAAGUGUUUACUUUUGUGAAUUUGUUGAUACAAAUUUUUGCAUUUCUCAUAUAAUUUGUAUUUAUUUUAAUUCAAUUGAGGCGAAUAAACUAAAAAUAACCAUGGAAUUGGCUAUUCAAAAAGAUUGCGAGUCAAUAAUUGAAAGUUUCAUUGCAAAUGAAAAUCCUCGAUUCGAAUCAUUUGUUUAUCAAUGGAAAUCCACAUUAUUCCAGAGCAUUUAUUCUGGCCAAUCUCAUACAGUGGAAAUCAUUCAAUCCACAAAUGCCUGCAUUCACUAUGCCAAAAGAAUACUAUCAUCAAAAAGUACAUUACACAAAUUAGGAGCGCUAUUCUUGCUCUAUGCGAUUUAUUUCAAACAACCAACAGAUCGUUUCCAUAAGAUUGACAUCGAUAUAUCGGCUUGGAAGAAAUUGAAAGAAUUUGUAUUCAGUUUGGACAAUUCAACUUAUGGAGAUGAUGCAAAAUGCAUUUUCUGGGAACUCCUCAAAGAAAACGCAUUCAAGUUUGUUGCAUCCGAUACUUACUUUGGAUUAGAGAAUCUUUUAAAUUUGGACAAAAUCCGAAGUAAUGUUGUCAACCUUAGCACAUCCAUACACACCUUUCGCAAUGACAUGAGAUUCUUAAAUUCAUCACGGGGACUAUUUGUGGGAAUUCAAAAGCUUGAUGAUGGGUAUAAUGAAAUGAAGGAACUCAUUAAUCAAAAUAUUUCUGGUUCUACGAAUGAAGUUCGAUGUGUUGUGCCCAUAUCUAAAGGAUUUCAAGACCUCAAAAAGGCAUUUUCAAGACUUCAGUCAUUAAUUGACGAAAGUUAUAUUUCGUUAGUGGGGAAGAGAAAAAAGAAAAAGGAUAGGAACAUCAAGAAAGGAGGAGUUGGCAAACCAAAGCGUAAAACUAACAAACGUGUUUUCUUUCACAAAUAGAUGAUAUAGUUAAAAUGAAUUAUGUUUAGUUCUCUUUUAAGCUAUUUAUUCUUAAGACUUAUCCUGUAUAAAUAUUUUUUAGUAUUUAAAACAAUCAGUAUGGCAAAGUUAAUUUUAAAUAGAAAUUUUCCCUCGAAAAAUUUUCUUAACAUCUAAUUAAUAGCCUUAUUGUGAAUUACAACUAUCAAUCGAUAGUUGAUAAAUACUGAAAUUUGGGAAUUGUAAACCUAAUUUAUAGGAAAACUGGUCAACUUUUUAAUGAAUGGAACUUUGUAAUAACAUUUCAUUUAAUAACGGUUAGGACCAUUCUCUGCUUUCAAAACUUUUCUAAGUAAUAAGAAAUCGAAAUUUAGUUUUUAUCAACUAUCGAUUGAUAGUUGCAAAUCGCAAUAAGGCUGUAAAACUUUAAAUAUUUAAAUAAUGUUUAUGAAAUUUUUAUUAGUCUCUCUAUCGUUAACGCACCCUUAGGGUACGGCCACGUCCUGAGCGCCUGAGCUGAGCGGCAAAACUAAAUUAAAACAUCUAAAAAUGUAUUGGAGCGGCCGAGCGGUGAUUUAAUAUUCUCAGAAAGUGUGAGAUUUUGGACACAAUUUUUUUUUUAGAACGUCAUUAUUAGCGGUACCUUUCAUAGAACCGUUUUUUUUAACUCUGAAUUAAUAAAAUUUUGUAAAUUAGUAUAAUUCAUAAAAAUUUAAAGAAAUAAAUUUUUUGAUUUUUGAAAAAAUGUUGAUUUUUUUUCGAGACGAGUAAUUUUUUUUUGAAAUU